AUGGGUAACUCGCAAGGGAAACCGGUGUGCUCCACCGAUGAAGUGAACUUAAACCAAUUUCGCCUCCUUCGAGUGGUAGGGAAAGGUGCUUUUGGAAAGGUUCGCAUCGUGGAGAAGAAGGAUACCGGCCUGACAUUUGCUCUGAAGUACAUUCGGAAAGAAGAAGUUGUGCGAUCGGAGAGCGUAAGAAACAUCAUUCGAGAACGACGAAUGCUCGAACACUUAAACCAUCCCUUUCUUUGCAACUUGAGAUACAGUUUCCAAGACAUCGAGUACAUAUAUAUCGUGGUUGAUUUGAUGAACGGCGGUGAUUUGCGAUUCCAUAUCUCAAGAAAGUGCUUUACAGAAGAGGCAGUACGCUUCUGGAUGGCAGAACUCGGUUGUGCUUUGAGAUACAUCCAUUCACAAGGUAUCAUUCAUCGAGAUGUGAAGCCGGACAAUGUGUUGCUAGACUCGGAAGGGCAUGUGCAUUUGGCGGAUUUCAAUGUGGCAUCCGAUUUUCGACCGGGCAAGCCCCUCACAAGCAAGUCAGGAACCUUGGCUUAUCUGGCUCCGGAGGUGUACGAAGGCGGAGGUUAUUACUGUGAAGUGGAUUGGUGGUCGCUCGGUGUUACAUUUUACGAAUGCAUUUAUAACAAGCGACCUUUUGAAGGUCGCAGCCAGGACGUCCUAAGCGAGAACAUUAAAAAGGCUCAACCGAAAUACUACGUCACCAACCCCGCUGUUUCAGUUCCGUGCCUGCGAGCAAUGUCUGCGCUGUUGGAGAAGGACCGAAGCAAACGAAUAGGGGCCACUGGAUUUGACACUUUCACUUCGCAUAUGUUCUUCGCAGAGAUCGACUUUGUUGCUCUGGAACGCAAGGAAGUUCCACCUGUUUUCCGACCUUCUAGCGACAAGACCAACUUUGACGCCACGUAUGAUUUGGAAGAGCUUCUCCUCGAAGAGGCGCCUCUGGAGGCUCGGGCGCGGAGACAAAAGCCAAGGGCGGAAUUGAGAGAGGAUGCAACGGCGAAGGAAAUCAGAGAGGAUGAGCUUCACCGUCUGAUCGAGACGAUGUUUGAACCUUUCGACUACACCACAGUUACAUAUCAAGGGUAUGUCCAGGAGUUGCCGCAGCAGGAUCUAUCUGGGUUCCGUGCUAACGGAGUUUUCAGCAAUGCUGCUGAGGCAAUAGCGGCGUCAAAGAAUCCUGAGGAUUGUCUCCAAUCCGCCACGUCUUCAGCCCACGCUCGUCAUUAUUCGCAGCCUGACACGUCGAGGAACUCACCGACCUCACGCACUGAGGGUUCCACCAUACUGCAAACGCGCAGCCUCCGUCAGCUCCUCCCCGCCGCCCCACCCGCUCCCUCGUUCUCUCGGCCGCUUCCGCCCCCUGGCCCCAAUCGUCCACGAGGAGCCACCCGCAAGACAAGUAAGGGCGGAGGUGUUCAGAUGGUAUUGGAAGAAGCGGGUAGUUGGAGUGAGCUCGCCGACCACAGCUCUACUCUUCCGGCCGAGGGCUACGAUAGUGCGUCAGUUAAGGGAAAAUCCUCCAAUAGUGGUAUGCUCGCAUUCUUGAGCCGCAAGAAGGGGCGUGACAGAAGCCCGAAGCCUCAGGAACCAGGCGUCUUGGGCAAGGAAGGUGCAAGACAAAUUAUCAGUUCAUAA